AUGAUAACACCAAAUGAGUUUCUUCAAUUUGCUAAUGAAAUGGGUCUUGGAAGAAUAAAAUCUACAUCACCAUCACCAUCACCAUUAAUAUCACAUAAUAAUAAUAAUAAUUGUACAACAACAGGUUUAUCUGUACUUAAUAAUUUAUGUCAUCUUAUUGAAGAAAUUCAUCAAUUAAAAACUGAAAAUAAUCGUUUACGUGCACAUCUUGAAUUAGUUAAUCAUGUUGAAUUAUUUCAACAACGUUUUGUAGUAAAUGAUACUAAUGAAAAUAAACAAGAAAAAAAUGAAUCAAUUAUCUCUUCACCAUCUAUUCAUGAUGAAGAAAAAUUCGAAGCAUUAUCACCAACAAGUUCAUUAAAAUCUAAAUCUUCUCCGUCAAUUCGAGAACGAAAAGGUAUACACUUUUUUAAUAAUCAAGAAGAUUCUUCAUUAAUAUCACAUAUUAAUCAUGAUCGAUCGGAACAGACCGAUUCUAAUAUUGGUUUAUCAUCUAUAUCAAAUAGACAAAAUUGGAGUAAAGUUCGACAUGUUUUUAAAUUUUCUCUUCUACGAAAAUACGGUUCACCUUCAAGUUCUCUUAUAACAAAUGUUGAAAGAAACAUACCAGCAAUAAAUAUAUCUCUAGAAAGUGAGGAGGAUCAUUUACAAGAACAUAAACAUUCAUUGAAGAAGAAGAAAACUGUAACAACAACGAAUGAUAAUCGACAAAUGAUUAUGGGUGAUGAAACUGAUCAAGAAGAUGAAUCAACUCAAUUUAAUAGAUCAUAUCAUACGAGAAGACCUAAUGAAACUGACAGACUCAAUUCAUCAAGUCUUGAACGUCAGGAAAUACUAUCAACAAGUUCACCUUGUAAUGCUACAAAUAUUGAUGAUGAAGGUUUAUUAACACGUAAACCAUCAAAAAUCGCUCGUUAUCGACGUAAACUUCGUUCUAAACUUGAUACUGUUAAAAGACAAUUCAGUGAUCAAAAUUCAUCAUCAUCGUCACUACGUCUUUUUAAUACUUCACAUGUAUCAGUAUUUGAUGAUAUUGGUUCAGGAGUAAAUCGUGCAUUAUUAACCGCACAAUUAGCACCAGCUUUAACAAAAUCUUAUCAACAAAAAAUGCGUGAAUGGGAAUCAAUGCAAAAAAGUCGUUUUCUUGUAAACUACCGUCGACAAUCCAUAGUACCUAAAAUUGAUUUCAUUAAUAAUUCUCGAAAAGUUUCAAUAGCACCAAUAAUAAAGAAAAUAUCGCAAGAUCGAAUAACUUUACCAUCAACUAUUGAAAAUUGUUCAUCAUUAAUUAAUGAAUUAAAUCUUGAAACUCAAACAAAUUCAAUAAUAUUAAGUCCAAUACUUUCACCUAAUCAACGAUCGCUUAUUUUACAUCAAUGGCGUGAAAUUAUAAAAAAAAUGAAUUUAUUAAAAGAACUUGAAACAAAUUUAAAAACAUUAAAAACAAAUAUUUUUUGUACUAAUUAUAAUACAAUUAAACAACAAUCAAAAAUAAAUAUUCAAGAUUAUGAUGCAUAUAAAAAAUUAUAUUUACCACAACGUUGUCGUUCAUUACAAUCAUUAGUAUCAAUGCCUGCUUCAUGGGUAUUAGCUGUACAAAGUGCUGCUUAUUCUGAUGUAUUAGAUGGUACAUCAAAGAAAACAAAUGAACGAGCAAUUUUAUUUAAUAAAGAUUUCUUUGAUCAACUUGAACAAUUUAAAAAAGAACGAUUUAAAUUUGAACAAGAUUCUGUAAAAGAAUUACAAUCAUUAAAUCCUUCAUUAACAAAUCAAAACCCAAUUACAAAUACAAUUCGCUCAACUAAACCUAGUGUUAAACUUAUUCGUACAUGUGGUUCUUUACGUAAAUUAUCUCUUGUAUCAUAUUCACAAUUUCCUCAAUAUUUUCUACCUGGUCCUGUACUACCAUUACAAACAGUUAUACAAUCAAAAGAAGAAUCAACAUCAAUAAUAGAACCUAUUUCAACAACAACAAUAAAUGAAAUUGAUUCAAAUAAUAAAUUAUCAACAGAUAAUUUUAAUAAAGAAUCCAAACGUUCACGUUUUCAGUUAAAAGAAACUUUUCAACGUAAUAAAAGUAUGUGUGUCAAUCAUUUUCAAACAUGGUUUCAACGUCGUCAACAUCCACAUUCAUGUAAAAUAAGACGAAAAUCAAUUAUAAAAUCUAAAGAUGAAACAUCAUGUUUAACACCAAUAUUUCAUUCACCACGUUUAUUUCGUCUUCAUGAAAGAAUAUUUAAACAUCAAUCUCAACCUUUACAACAAAUUGUUCAUAUUUCAAAACCAUUAGAAACUCUUGAUGAUUCUGAUAAUCAAUCUCAAUAUGAAUUACCUGUUAGAAUUUAUUUUCCACCAUUAACAACUCCGAUACCUCGUCAUGUACGUAAUACUCAUAUUGAUAUAGUAAAAUCAACAAAUGAUAAUCAUGAUAUGAAUAUUGAACAAACAUUUAAUCAUUCAAUAACAUCAAUUACAAAUCGAAAAGAUUCAUUCUCAUUUCAAUUAACAACAGCUAAAAAACGACGAGAAAGUUUUGUGACAUUAUCGAACAUUAUUAAUAGCCGAUGUUUAUAA